AUGACGACGGCGACAACGUCAGCUGUGAAAAGACAGUCAGCUGCAUUCGAUAACACAGAAUUGAGCUAUUAUAAAUCUGAGCACGAGAUCAAGGAGGAGCAGCUGGCUCAGAAGAUACGUAACAACUACAACGGCGAGAACGUGCACGAAGACUCCUCAGAUGCUCUCUAUGAUAAUCUUGAUAGAUAUGGAUUCUUUUUCCACAAUUAUGAGAACAAGCAGCGACUUACUAUUCUCUACAAGACUAAACAUAACCCGUCAUCUAAGAGGCCUUCUAAGUCUCACAAGACAAGACCAGAAAGUGAACUCGAUAAGACAAAGGUGGUGAACAAGUACUUGAAGGGCAUGGAUACUUUGUCCACCAAAGAAAUCAACAGGAUUGAAAAGUGGAGAAACAUGUUACAGCCUAAACAACGUGACUACGGUCGUAAUAUAAGGCGUUGGAGGUUGCGACGCAGCUACAGUGAAAGCACCUUAGCUAGGCGUCUCGUCAAGGGCGUACCAGACAGGUGGAGAGCCGCGGCUUGGGAGUCUAUGCUGCUUCAGAAUAUACAAAAGCAGGGACUUUUUCCAAGACCUUAUUACAACUCGAAUGCGUCCGUAUCCAGUGAAAAAAUUAGCAUGCGAACACCUUCAACAAGAUCAAUCUCUACAGUCGAUGAAGACGUGGAAGGAGGCUCUAGUAACUCAGGGAAUUCGAGCAAAUCAGUCAUAGAAUCCCUCAUAAGACAGUAUUAUGAUAGACAAGCUGAGCCGUCGAGCUACGAUAUACAGAUAGAUUUAGACGUACCUAGAACGAUAAGUGGUCACAUACUAUUUCACAGCAGGUAUGGGUUAGGUCAACGCAACUUAUUUCACGUGCUACAUGCAUUUUCCCUACAGCCGAAUGGAUAUUGUCAGGGAAUGGGCCCGAUAGCUGCUACAUUGCUGUGUUAUUACGAACCUGAAAAGGCUUACGCAAUGUUAACUUUACUAGACAAGUAUUACGGAAUGCACAACGUAUUCAAACAUGGGUUCCCUGGUUUGCUUGAACAUCUGCACGUACAGGAUGAAAUUGUCAAGCUGACAAUGCCAAAAGUGUUUGUAAAGCUAGAUGAGGAGAAUGUACCACCAACUUCAUAUGCUACUAAAUGGUACAUUACGCUAUUCGCAAACACAGUACCGUUCAAAACCCAAAUAAGAUUUUGGGAUUUGAUGAUAUUCUACGGUCCAGAUGCUGUUGUUGCGUUUUCAAUAUCCAUCCUAUGGUCAUUGAGGCAUAACAUAAUAGACAAGGAAUCCAACUUUGAGACAAUACUCACCAGUUUGUCUAACUUUUUCAUACCGGAAGAUGAAGAUAAUUUGAUGGAGACGUGCUCUUCAAUACUAAAUGACUCCCACAUAAGAAGCAAGAUGGACCAAUCUAGAGACAAGUAUAGAAAAGAGCAAUAA